AGUAUGGUCCCGUGAAGACCUCUACAGUCGGGUAGUCGCCGCCGAUCCGUUACGGAAGAUUCUGUGUCGCGCGGAUUGCUCGCGAGUUGUCACAUUGGAAGCAGCGGAGAUCGAGAGGAGAACAGUCUGAAACCCAUUUUUAGGAUUGUCGUAAAUCAUUUGUGCUAAAUAAAAGUGGUUAUAAAAAAAACAAAAAUGAACCAAAAUUUUCACAACAUCAAACCCGGAGUGAUUAAGUCGGCAAAAGUGGUGUCAUAAAUUUCCAUCCUGAAGACGACGACGACGACGACGUCAGCCAAAAGUGAUUAAUCUUUAGCACGGGAGACAAGUUGGAGAGUGUCGGUUAUUUUGGUGUUCAUUUUUUUUUUGUGUUGAAUGCUGGAAAAUCAGCGGAAAAAAUAAUUUUAAGUGAGUGAUUUUUUGUGGAAAUAUUGCACCAAGACAAAGAAGAAAAAACAAGGAGUCAAAUGUUUGUUUCUGUUAAGAGGGGGUGAGAUAAAUAUUUAUGCAAGGUGGAGUCAAACUGUGAUAGAUCAAGUUCCUGAGAGGUGCAAAUGUUGGCCGGAAUGAGCAUGUACGAGGAAGAGUGGAGCAGGACGGAAAUCGUCACGACUUCCUCCUCGACCACUACCAAAACCAUCACCACACCCGCCAAGCUGUACGGCAAAGACAUCGGCGCGUACGACGAUGUCGACGUGGACGAGCUGCUGGCGCAGCUGUCGCCGGAGGAGAUCACCAUGCUGGCCAAGGAGGUCGAUCCGGAUGAUUCCUUCCUGCCACCGAGCCAGCGCACCAACUACGAGUGCGAGAAAGAGCCAACCGGACCGCUGGACCGGAAGAAGCUGAUCGAACACAUCAACAAACAGGCCAUGGAGACGCCGGAUAGGCCCGAGCUGGAACCGUACGUGCCUGGUUUGGUGCGCGGCAAGAAGUGGAUUCCGCCGCCGCAGGAGAAGCGCAUGCAGGAGGCGGAGGAUCAGAUCGCGAUCGACAUGGGCGACGAGUACGAGCAGGCGCUGUCGGACGCCACCCAGGAGGAGAUCAUCGAUCUGGCCGCCAUCCUGGGCUUCCACUCGAUGAUGAAUCAGGACCAGUACCACGCGUCGCUGCUGAACAAGGGCCAGCCGGUGGGGCUCGGCUGGGACGGCAUCACCAAGUCGUCGAUCCAGAAGGUGUUCCCGGCGGAGGCGCCCAACCAGACGAACCCGGAGGAGAUGAUCAAGCGGAUCAAGGACGACGACAGCAAGCUGGUCGAUGUGAACCUGAACAAUAUUAAGAACAUCUCCGACGAGAACUUUGAGAAGCUGUUCGACGCGCUCGCCGCCAACACCCACCUGGAGGUGCUCUCGCUGACCAACGUGAACCUCACCGACCGGACCGCUCUGCUGCUCGCGGCCGCCAUCGAGCGCAACCACACGCUGCGCGUGCUGAACGUCGAGACGAACUUCAUCAGCCCGCCGGUGAUCGUGACGCUGGUCAAGUCCCUGCUCACCCAGAUGACGAUCGAGGAGUUCCGGGCCUCGAAUCAGCGAUCACAAGUGCUGGGCAACAAGAUCGAGAUGGAGAUCACGGACCUGGUGGAGAAGAACACCACUCUGCUGCGGCUAGGUCUGCAUCUGGAGUUCAACGACGCCCGCCAUCGGGUGGCCGCCCAUCUGCAGCGCAACAUCGACAGAAUCCGUGUCGACAAGAAGGACGGUCGAUCGUCACGUGGCAGCUUCUACCGGCCGACGUCACGCGUUGAGGAACGGAUGGAGGAACUGGACGAGGUCGAGGAGGAGGAAGAGGAAGAGGAAGAGGAGGAGAUCCACGAGGUCCCGCAGGACUACGACGUGGAGGAAGAUCCGGACAACAUCGUGAUCCGCCCGCCGCCGUCCGACGACGAGGAUAUUAAGAAAAGAUUUGACGCAGCGUCUGCAGUUUAGAUUUUUCCAAAAUAUUCACAGAAAGCAAGCGACUAUGAUACAGUGAAUCGCGCGAAAGCUCGUAGAUCACCUUACCGAGUGGCUAAGAACGUUAUUUAAGGAGAGAAAAAAAAGAGGUCGUGUUUUUUUUAAACUAUGAUAUCACUUUAAACUAACUUUGUAAAGUCACAGCAGCAGUGUUGAAAGUAAUUGUUUUUAGGGCUGAACUCUUUUCUAUCUUGGGAGGAACAGAUUAAAAAAGGAAGACGGUUUAAAUAUAAACUAAGUGUAAAAUAAAAGAAGAAAUGCGUUGGGUGAAGAGUUUUUUUUCUACGUAUUUCUGAAGCCGUACUUUUUUUGAGCCCGUGCAGCAAAAGUUUUACGGAGGAAGUACGAGAGAGGAUAAAUAUUUUCUAGAGUUUUGUUGAGAGGUAGGGCGAGACAGAAGUUUUAUUAAUUGAUCGAAGGAGGAAGGAAGAAAAAAAAGUGUUUCUUUAAUUUCAAUGUUGAUACCUUCUUUGUGUGCGUGUAAACACAGUGUAGAAGUAAUAAAAGUCAAACAACGAGGAGUAAAAAAUUGCUGCAAUUAAAACUUUCUUUUUUUUAUUUGCGUUACAAAAACACACUACCAGAGUUGUAAAAGAGUUAGUUAGCCAAAAGAGGAGGGAGAACGGAGCUUAAAAAUUGUUAGGUUAAGAAGUCAUCACUGAAUCUCAACCAUCGCAUCAAUCUACUGCUGGAGGAGCGACGUGACCAUUUCGACCGCCGCCAUUUUGUUUCGUCCGGAUCAGCUAAUCUCGUUCUCAAGUUUGUUUUGUAAACAUAUACACAUACAUCUUGUCCUGUUUUCUGUGUUGGCGCGAAAUGAUAGAGUUUAGGCAAUCAUCGGAGCUGUCAAAAUGUGUCAGUGUUGCCAGCGACGCCGAACUCAACAGAACCCGCAAAAAUACGUCAGUCUCGUCUGAACCAGCGCAAGUAAAUCUGGCCACACUGCCGUCGACGGAGCGGCGACGCGCCGCCGACUUUGUUCAAACUUUAAAUUAACAAAAAAAAAAAAAAAAAAAAAAAAACAAAAACAAAGCUAAUUCAUACAAAAACAAAACACUCACACAUUGUUUGCCCUGCUCGUACGAAAACAACAAAAUUUGCUUGUAUGUGUGUGCGCGUACGUAAGUUUGUCCUGCAUCCUGUACGAAUGUGUGUGUGUGACACCAGCUGUGAGCGAGUGUGGAAUGUAAACAACAACAACAAACACUUACACAACCACUCCACACUCCUACUCUCCUGUCAAAUCCUGUCACCAAAAAAAAAACCGCAAUCGUCGCUACGCUGCUAUUGUUUAUCGUCGUCGUCGUCGUCGUUUGGAGCAACGGAAAUCGUAGUUGGCGUUGAGAAAUUGCCGUGAGCGUCGCACCGGCCGUGGUGGCAACACUGGCGGAUUCAUCCGUGGCUAGGUAAAAACGUAAGCUGGCAACCAUCACACACUCACACACACACACGCAGGACAUAUUUCUAGCAAAGUAAAAAAAAUCGGUGCUUUUUGUGUCCCAGUGCAGCAAGAGAAAGAGAAAAAAGAAGAAGAGAGAGUAUUGAAUAAUUUUAUCACACAUUUGACAGACGAGUAUUUUUUUCUUUUUAUUUUUUGUUAUUAUUUUAUUUAAACAAAAAGAGACUUUGUUCCCGCCUGAGCCAAGCCAGCGCAGAUUCGAACAACGAUUUGGGGCGGAUCAAACCUCACAAACACACGUUUAUUUUAGUUUAUCAAAUGCGCCCCCUCCCUAUUAGUGUUUAGUGAAGAAGAAUGCUUACCAUUUAAGAUGUUUAUUGAGAGGACGAAAAAAAAAUUCAAACACAAACACACACACACGAUGAUUACCUAAACUCUUUUAUUUAUACGUAUAUAAACGAAUAUUCUAACUUUUAAAUCAAACAGAAAAAAACAAACUUUUACUUUUAAACAAAACAUCAACAAAAAAAGCAACACUUUUAAUUAGUUGGUUAAUUUCAUUGUAAACUAUGAUAGAGAAGAAGAAGAACAAGGAAACCAAGAGAAAGAAAACAAAAGAAAAUGUAUUCAUCACUGCGCGUACCAUUUGAAUUUUAACGUUGAAAGAAACACACUGCCUCGAAAAGUCGCUAGAAAAGCUUCUAAAUUAUUGCAAAA